AUGGAAUCAUUAGAUGGAGGAUUAUCAAGAUACCAUAAAUUAGAAAAGCUUGGUGAAGGUACCUAUGGAAAGGUAUACAAAGCCAAGGAAAAGACAACAGGAAGAAUCGUUGCUCUCAAAAAGAUUAGAUUGGAAGAUGACGGUGUUCCAUCAACUGCGUUGAGAGAAAUCUCAAUCUUGAAAGAUCUACCUCAUCAAAAUGUCGUUGCAUUAUAUGAUGUAUUACAUUGUACAAAUAGAUUAUAUUUGGUAUUUGAAUUCCUUGAUCAAGAUUUAAAGAAAUAUAUGGAUUCUGUGCAAUCGAUGAAUCCACAAUUGGUAAAGAGUUAUUUGUAUCAGAUUCUCAAGGGUUUGGCAUACAGUCACAGCCAUCGUAUUCUUCAUCGUGAUCUCAAACCACAGAAUCUGUUGAUUGAUCGUCUCGGUUCGAUCAAGUUGGCCGAUUUCGGUUUGGCUCGUGCCAUUAGUAUCCCCGUGCGUGUCUAUACUCACGAAAUCGUCACCUUGUGGUAUCGUGCUCCCGAGGUGUUGUUGGGCAGUCGCUCCUACUCGGUGCCAGUCGAUAUUUGGUCAGUCGGUUGCAUCUUUGGUGAAAUGUUAAACAAGAAGCCAUUGUUUGCUGGCGAUUGUGAAAUCGAUCAGAUCUAUCGCAUCUUCCGUAUCCUCGGUACUCCCAAUGAUACCGUAUGGCCAGGUUUCAAUCAAUUACCAGACGUUCAAACUGCCUUUCCAGAAUGGCCAGGUCAACCUUUAUCUAAAACUUUCCCAACUGCUGAUCCACUUGCUCUUGAUUUAAUUUCUAGUAUGCUUCAAUUUGAACCAUCAAGAAGAAUUUCUGCAAAGGCUGCACUUUCACAUCCAUACUUUAACGAUUUGGAUAAAUCUUCUUUCUAA